AUGAGAGACUAUAAGAUUGUUGUUCUAGGAGCUGGAGGUGUGGGUAAGUCCUCGGUCACGGUCCAGUUCGUGCAAGGAGUCUAUGUCGAGAGCUAUGACCCCACCAUCGAGGACUCUUAUAGAAAGCAGAUCGAAGUGGAUGGCAGAGCUUGCGAUCUCGAGAUCUUGGACACAGCUGGUGUGGCGCAGUUCACUGCCAUGAGAGAGUUGUACAUCAAGUCCGGCAAAGGAUUCCUCUUGGUAUACUCGGUGACUGACGAGAACUCGUUGAAGGAAUUGUUGGCGUUGCGAGAACAAGUUUUGCGCAUCAAGGACUCAGAUAAUGUGCCGAUGGUGUUGAUUGGUAACAAGUGUGACUUGGAUGAGGACCGUGUGUUGUCCAUUGACGACGGAAUAAAAGUAUCCCAGCAAUGGGGGCUCGUUCCCUUCUAUGAGACGUCAGCCAUGUACAAGACAAAUGUCGACGAAGCAUUCGUGGAUGUGGUCAGACAGAUCAUGCGUAAGGAGGCCCAGAUCAGUGCUGAGAAGAAGCAAGCAAAGGAAAUACAAAAGCAGCAGGCUGCAGAUUCCACCGUUGCCAACCCAGACACCGCUGUGGACAAGGGCAAAGUUGACGAUGCACUGCUGAAGCGGAAGAAGCAGUCGCAAGCUCUGAUUGAGGGAGCUCCCAAGAGUAAAUGCUGCACCAUCAUGUAA